AUGUCAUCGACUCUUCGCGAGAUUGGCGGUGAGGAACCGUCAAACGGUGCACAAUACAUGGUUUUCACUGGCUACAAUGCGGCUUCGGCACGUUCGACUGUCGCUGGCAGACGUCGCGCACCGACGAAGUUGCAUGUUGAUACUCGAGCCACUCACAACAUACGAGAAGAGGAACUCCAGUAUACGUUUCUUCGCGAUCAGGCGCAGUCAAAACCUAAUACUAACAAGCCUCUUCCACCUCUUCCGGGUCAGAAGCGCCCUUCGCGCCCUGCUAGUCCGAUGGACCGAGCUGCUCAUUGGCUCAACAAAAAGGUUGUCACACCCGUCAAGGAGUUAUUUAAGACUCCUGAAGUUGAGGAGAUGAUCGGACACAAUCGCCAAGAGCAAACCUCCAGUCCGACUCAACUCUUCGCCGAGCCGAGACCACAAGUGGGUGCGAACAUGCACUCGAGAGGCAGGUCAAGCGUUCAUCGUAUGGCCUCUCCGAUCUGCCGAUCUGGAAGUGUUUCGUCGCGUCAUACCUUCCAAAGCGAUUCGGCUUCACCUAGAUCUCGUGACUCAGAUAAUUCCAUGAGAAACGCCUUUGCUACUGCACAGCAUGUCGGUAGUCGUCUAGGACUCAACAACGCAGGUAGAUUAGUCUUCUCAGAUCAAGCCCCGGCUGGCAUGAUGGAUCCUUGCAGCGUGUGUCACAAGGAACCUAAAGGGAUCCUAUAUCAUGGACGAUGCCGUGACUGUAGGUAG